CACUGGUCCUCCAGCCAAUUAUAGCACGGACUUUGUGUGAAUGAAGAUUGAGCUUCACACAGACUAAAACUUCCUCCUGUGUCCAACAUCUGAUAUUAGAAAGGGAAAAUUUGCAGGCAGAAAUCUCAAACCAAGCAUCACGUUUAGACCUGACACAGUCACUUGAUUCAUGGUACCUGAAUAUCGCCAGCCUUUGACUCUAGAAGGAGAAAUGCUUGUCUGUUCUAUCUUUUUGAAGAGAUUUAAAACAUCUGUGUGACCAUAAAAGUACUGAGACACACACACACCCGAGUGAGGGAGUGUUCCAGUGCACUAACUGUGGAAAGAGCUUCAACCAGUUACACAGCCUGAAAAAACAUCACACCAUUCACAACCGGGAGAGACUGUAGAUGUGUUCUGUGCGUGGAUGAGGCUUCAACUGAUCAUUGAACCUGGAACGACAAGUGGCCAACCGCACCAUGGAGAAACCUUGGAAAUGUGGGGACUGUAGGAUGGGAUUCAAAUCCCUAUCUGAACUGGAGAUUCAUGGACGCAGACACAGCGGGGAGAGGCCAUUCACCUGUUCUGUGUGUGGGAAAGGAUUCAAUCAUUCAUCCUCACUGCUGACACACCAACGAGUUCACACUGGGGAGAGGCCGUUCACCUGCUCCGUGUGUGGGAAGGGAUUCGGUAGUUCAUCCCAUAUGAUGACACACCAGCGACUUCACACGGGGGAGAGGCCAUUCUCCUGCUUCGAGUGUGGGAAGGGAUUCAGUGAUUCAUCCAACCUGCUGAUGUACCAGCGAGUUCACACCAGAGAAAGGCGUUUCACCUGCCCUGAUUGUGGGAAGGGAUUCACUCAGUUAUCCCACCUGCAGUCACAUCAGCGAGUUCAUUCUGGAGAGAAACCGUUCACUUGCUCUCAGUGUGGGGAGGGAUUCAGUAAUUCAUCCAACCUGCGGAGACACCAGCGAAUUCACACUGAGUAAAGACCGUUUACCUGCUCUGUGUGUGGAAAGGGAUUCACUCAGUCAUCCAACCUGCUCAGACACCAGGGCAGUCACACCAAUGAGCAGCCCUUGCAAUGCUAUGAGUGCUUUAAAAGCACUGCAGACCUGAUGUUCCACCGGCGUAUUCACACUGAGAAGAGGCCGUUCAGCUGCUCUCACUGUGCAAAAAGAUUUCGAACAUCAUCCAACCUGCAGAUACACCAGUGAGUUCACACCGGGGAGAGGCUGUUCACCUGGUCUGCCUGUGGGAAGGGAUUCACUUAGCCAUCCAGCCUGCUGAGACACCAGAGCACUCACACCAAUGAGAGACCUUUUAAAUGCUCUGAUUGUGGUGGUGGCUUUAAAAACCCUAUGAUCUCAUGGUCCACCAGCGUAUUCACACUGAGGAGAGACCGUUCACCUGUUCUC